AUGGCGAUGUCAAGGUGUAUUCGUGACUUGUACAACGUUGACUACGCUGGGGCCAGUAAGCUCACCAAAUAUGGUGUUACCGCCACCACAAAUACAUCAGUCAACGCCUAUGACCUUGCUGAGUAUCUCAAUCGAGUGGAUCUUGGAAACAAGAACAUUUACGAGGUACUCCCUAUUAAUGGAGGGAAGAAUAAUGAGGCAAACCCAAGUGAUGAGGCAACACUCGAUAUCCAGUGCGCUGCGGGCUUGGGAGCUGGCAAUGCAGGCUUUUAUGCUCUCGGUAUAAACAAUACUCAAAUCUGGGCUUUCGAAGACAACCUUCUUACCUUGGCAUCGUACCUUGCUACGGCUGAUGAUGCCCCUGCGGUCAUUUCCAAUUCCUUUGGCAUUGAUGAAGAAUUCGUCACACAGUCCUACGCGGUGCGCAUCUGUAAUGACUUCAUGAAGGCCUGCUCGCGAGGCGUUACGGUCCUAUGCAGCACUGGCGACAGCGGCGUUGGGAACAGGUGUGAUGGUGGCAAGUUCCGGAACCACUUCCCAGCCUCCUGCAGCUACGUCCUUGCUGUUGGUGCUAGUUACUGGAAGGGCACCGUCGAGACUGCAGCUCGUUUCGGGUCUGGUGGCGGCUUCUCUGACUACUUCACCACUCCAGACUACCAGAAGACUGACGUUCAGAACUAUAGACACGAUCACAUACCCGCCGCCUAUGAUGGAAAAUUCAACAAGGAUGGUCGUUCCUACCCCGACAUUGCUCUCGUGGGCGAGCAAAUCCCUGAAGUUGGCCCCACGAAAAAUCGCAACAAUGCUUCCGAAACCAAAAUUGCGGUUACUGGUGGAACCUCUGCAUCCACGCCUUUGCUGGCGGGCCUGUUGUCACAGAUCAAUGACUACCGCGCCACCCUCAAACUUCCCACGCUUGGCUUCAUUAACCCGCGUCUAUAUGGUGAUACCAAAGUUCGUGCGGCCGUGAAGGAUAUCACUACAGGAAGCAAUCCAGGCUGUAACACAAUGGGGCUCACUACGGAGAAAGGUUGGGAUCCUGUUACGGGUCUCGGUAGUCUUGAUUUUGCCAAGUUACGCGCUGCUCUUAGUACUUGA